AUGCAUCGGUCGACGAGCGCGGGAGCCAUGUCGACCAUGGCGACUGGCGGAGGGGCCAUGGCGAGGCCCCGCAAGGAGCGGAAAGUCACGUUCGUCGUGCGAGACUCUGACGACACCACCCACUGUGCUGGCGUCAACAGUGUAUGCCUCGCCCCUCCUGCCACGUCAGCAUGGUACCUGCACCAGCAGGGACCCAGAUCGCCCCACUCUCACCCACACUCACAUUCCCACGGCCACAAUAGAAGCAGCAAUGAUGGUGAUUAUAACGAGGAGGCUUUCAUCGAGGAUUUAGUGUUCACAGGAAGCCGGGACGGAACCAUAAAGCGGUGGAGGGUUCCGGUAGGCUCGGCGGGUUCCGGAGCUGCAGAGGAGGAUCGGUACGGGAGGGGGAACGGAGGUGCGGUAGCUUUAACACAAAGAGGAGUAUAUGAGACGACGUUUGAGUCGCAUACAGACUGGGUGAAUGAUGUGGUGCUGGUGGGGGAGGACACGCUCGUCUCAUGCUCCUCCGAUGGCUCUCUCAAGACAUGGAAGGCCUUUUCCCCAAGGGGCGAGUGCACCGACACACUGCGGCACCACAGCGACUACGUCAUCGCUCUCGCUGCCGCCCGCGAUGUCCCUCUUGUGGCAUCAGCCGGUCUUGGCUCAGAGCUGUUCAUCUGGGACUUAGCAGCAGCACAGCCUCUCACCUGGUCAGGGGGGUCUCUCCCCCAUACCUCCUCCUCUUCUCCCCCUUCUUCCUCCUCCUCCGGCCCCCCUGCUUCCGCGUCUACUGCUUCCCCUGCUACCUCUGCUGCUGCUUCGGGGCUAGGGGGAGGCAGUACAGGCUCAGGAGCAGGGGGAGCGGGGGGAGCAGGUGGAGCGGGGGGAGCGGGGGGAGCGGGGGGGGGCGGGGGGAACAACAGGGGGGACAGGAGUGGGUUCAGCUGCGGGGCCGGUUCUUCUUGUCCGGCUUCUCCGACUCCAUCAUCUGAUGGGUCAGCAUCAAAUAGCUACGAUUGCUCUCGAUUCAAACCGUCUGUUUUCUCUCCCUCCCUCCCCCUCCUCUCACACCCCAUUGCAGUUUCUGUGUGUCCGGCUCCCCCGACUCAAUCAUCUGAUGGGUCAGCAUCAAAUAGCUACGAUCGCUCCCGGUUCAAACCGUCUGUUUUCUCUCCCUCCCUCCCCAUCCCUCUUCUCACACACGCCAUUGCAGGUUCUGUUUGUCCGGCUCCUCCGACUCAAUUAUCCGACGUCUCAAAACACCUAGAGCAGCAGCGCUGUGUGUGUGCACUCCAACGCCGUCCAUACAGACUCGACUCGGUGGGGGCUGUGCACCUGCUCACUGCCUCACCCUGCUCCUUCUCCCUGUGUGCUUCGUUCUCCUUGGUGCAGGCUGUCUGUGCCGCUGUGGGACCUAGGGCAGCAGCACUGCGUGCACUCAUACACGGUUAUGAGGCCUGGGCCAGCAGCGCUGUGUCACUCAUACGCAUGUUCUCUCCCUCUCUCCUUUUUUCUCCUGGACACAGCCUGUGGGACCUGGGCCAGCAGCGCUGUGUGCACUCGUACGCGGUGCACACAGACUCAGUGUGGGCUGUGGCAGCCAAUGAGGAGUUCACACGUGUCUACAGCGGGGGCAGAGAUGCAUGUGUCUACGUCACCGAUCUCGCCACGCGGGAAAGCAUCCUAUUGGCCAAGGAGGAUCGCCCCGUGCUCCACCUGGCGUUACAGCCUGGCGGGGAGAGAGGGGGAAAGGGGAGAGGGGGAAGGGAGGACAGAAGAGAAGGGGAGAGGAGAGGAGGAGGAGGAGGAGGAGGAGGAGGAGUGAUAGAGAGACGGCUGGAUUGUGACAGGAUGUGGGUUAGCACUUCUGCCUCGUCUGUCCGGUGUUGGCCUGCUGACUCUGCUGCUUUGACAGGCGGGACCGGGGACGCAUGGGUAGGGGAGGACGGGGAGAAGGCAGCAAGGAGGGUGGCGGGUGGGGUGGAGGAGCAAGUGACUGGAGCAGCAGCAGCGCAAGCAGACUGCGGAGGAGAUGAGGCAAGAAGAGGGGCGGGAGCAGGAGAGGAGGAGGGGGGCGUGUCACCGAAUGGUCCGGUGUUCUGUGCGAGUCCUGACCUCUCUGCCAGCACAUUCAUCGCCAGCAGCCUUGGGGUGUCCCGCGCCCGAGCCAGCGUGGAAAGCUCUUUCUCUCUGGUGAGUGAAGUGCACUCCAAUCUCCCUCCCCUCCACCCUCCACUGGGUCACCGAAUGGACCGAUGUUCCUCUAUUCGCUCAUCCCAUUGCCACCAUCUGUUGCACGCACCACACCCAUCACAUGCCAUGCCCGUUCCCCUAUUCCCCCAUCCGAUCGCCGCCAUCCUUGGCACCGCACCCAUCACACGCCAUGCCAUACUGAACGACAGGCGGCACGUGCUCACGCGGGACGAGGGAGGUGUGGUGAAGCUGUGGGAGAUCACCCGGGGAGCUGUUGUUGCCAACUACGGGGUGGUGUCAUUUGAAGAAAAAGAAAAAGAGCUCUUUGAAAUGAUCAGCGUAAGCCCGUGGUUCUCAGUGGACCUCCGCUUUGGCUGUCUAUCACUGCACCUGGAGUGCCCGCAGUGCUUCUCUGCUGAGAUUUAUGCCACAGACUUGGACGUGCCGGGAGCAUCUGAAGACCUUAAGUGCUUCUCUGCUGAGAUCUACGCCACAGACUUGGACGUGCCAGGAGCAUCUGAAGACCUCAAGUGCUUCUCGGCUGAGAUCUACGCCACAGACUUGGACGUACCAGGGGCGUCUGAAGACCUCAAGUGCUUCUCACCUGAGAUCUACACCACUGACCUGGACGUGCUGGGGGCGUCUGAAGACCUCAAGUGCUUCUCAGCUGAGAUCUACACCACUGACCUGGACGUACCAGGGGCGUCUGAAGACCUCAAGUUCCCGCCCUCUAUAAUCACAGAGGGCCCUCAGUUUGGCCCGUGGCGGCGGCGGGUUGUGACUCUAGCAGCGGACGGGGCGGGGUGGGAGGAAGCGAGGCUGCUGCUGCCUGGCUGGUGUGCUGACUGCGUGUGGAACGACCGACUGCCCCAGCGGGACCCUAGCAAGUGCAGCUUCUACCUGCAACCCCUGGAUGGCUCACAGCUGCGGCCUCUGACACAGAACAAGCUGAGCGCUCCCAAGAUUCUCAAAAUCCUCAAGGUAUGCUGGAUAGACAUUGGUGGGUGGUGGGCAGUGGAAACGGAGGGCCCAAGCCCGAGAUGGGGGAAGGGUAUGACUCAGAACAAGCUGAGCGCUCCCAAGAUUCUCAAAAUCCUCAAGGUGAUGAGCUAUGUGCGGGAGAAGCUGGGAUUGGAUGACUUGCAAGAGGAAGAGGAGGAGAGCGGAGGGGGGAUGAAGGGGAGAGCAGGUGGGCCAGUAGGACCCCUGGCCCCUCCUGUGGUGGUUGAGAUUUUCUGCAAUAAUCAGCAUAGUUACCGCUGUUACCACCAUCACCAUCACCAUCACCACCAACAGUACCCCCAUUCUCAGACACAGACGCUAGUCAUGGCUUCCGCUCUCGCCGCGUCGUCGCUGUCGUCCCGCAUUUCCACCAGUCUAGCGUCGGCGCUUCCUAGACACGUCAGCAGCAGCCGCGUCUCGCGGCUCGUCGUCAGAGCGUCCAGCGAUGACGAGGAAUUCGAGGCUCGUCUGGAGCGCCUAAGGCGGAAGAACGCGAGCGGAACGGGGAAAAAGGCGGAGGAGCGGAAAGCUAAGGCCAGCGGAGACGCUCCGCCUGCUUCCUCCUCGUCAUCCGCUUCCCCCACGUCAGACGCCACGUCAGCAGCUGCAGAAGCAGCUAAAAUCGCCGAGAUCCUGCCUCCUCUUCCACUGAAGGAUCCCAUGUCCGACGGGCUACCAGUUUCGCUCGGAUUUUCUGCGUACACGGAGAGAUUGAGCGGACGGCUCGCAGCCAUUGGAUUGGCUGCUCUUGUCUCGGUGGAGCUCGCAUCCGGAUCGUCCAUUUUGGAGUAUCACGACGGCGCGACGAUCGCGGUGCAGGUGUAUUUUCUCCUAGGGCUUGGCGCGCUCUACGUGAACGGUAUUGUCAGUCUACUUACUUGUUUCCCUCUCCCCUCAUAUUCACAACCCCCGUCCUGCCCUUCUUCCACUCUCUCUCAUUACCCUCCCUUUACCCCCUUCCGCCAUUUCCACCCCCCUCCCUCCCUCGUCUCCCCUCUCCUACCCCCUCCCUCUCUUCCCCCCUCCCCUCUCCUCCCCCCUCUCCCCUCUCCUCCCCCUCCCCUAUCGUCCCCGCUCUCCACGAACCUGCCUCAUGCUUUUCUCAUCUCCAACUCCUCCAUCCCUCUCUUCACUCUAUCUCCUCCCCCCCUCCUUUACUCCCCUCUUCACUCUCUUCCCCCAUCCUCUCCCCUCCUCUCCCCUCUUCUCCCAUCCUCUCCCCUCCUCUCCUCUCCUCUCCCCUCCUCUCCCCUCCUCCCCUAUCUUUUCUCCUCCUCUCCUCUCCUCUCCUCUCCCCUCCUCCCCCCUCCUCUCGCCUCCUCUCCCCUCCUCCCCCCUCCUCUCGCCUCCUCUCCCCUACUCUCGCCUCCUCUCCCUUCCUCUCGCCUUAGCUCCCCUCCUCUCUCCUCCCCACCCCUCCUCUCCCCUCCUCUCCCCUCCUUUCCCCUCCUCUCCCCUCCUCUUCCCUCCUCUUCCCUCCUCUUCCCUCCUCUUCCCUCCUCUUCCCUCCUAUCCCCUCCUCUUCCCUCUCCUCUUCCAUCCAUCUCUACAAUCUCUCGUCCUUCUUCUUGGCCUGCUAUCCCUUCGUCCCACCGAUUGGUUGCUCGUCUUGUGGCCCAUCGGUUGCUCGUCUCGUGGCCCAUCUGUUGCUCGUCUCGUGGCCCAUCGGUUGCUCGUCUCGUGGCCCAUCGGUUGCUCGUCUCGUGGCCCAUCGGUUGCUCGUCUCGUGGCCCAUUGGUUGCUCGUCUCGUGGCCCAUCGGUUGCUCGUCUCGUGGCCCAUCGGUUGCUCGUCUCGUGGCCCAUCGGUUGCUCGUCUCGUGGCCCAUCGGUUGCUCGUCUCGUGGCCCAUCGGUUGCUCGUCUCGUGGCCCAUCGGUUGCUCGUCUCGUGGCCCAUCCGUUGCUCGUCUCGUGGCCCAUCGGUUGCUCGUAUCGUGGCCCAUCGAUUGCUCGUCUCGUGGCCCAUCGGUUGCUCGUAUCGUGGCCCAUCGGUUGCUCGUCUCAUGGCCCAUCGGUUGCUCGUCUCGUGGCCCAUCGGUUGCUCGACUCCUGGCCUAUCGGUUGCUCGUCUCAUGACCUAUCAGUUGCUCGUCUCGUGGCACAUCAGUUGCUCGUCUCGUCGCCCAUCAGCUACUCAUCUCGUGGGCUAUUAGUUGCUUGUCCAUUAAACCAUCAAUUGCUACUCCCUUGGCCCAUCGGUUGCUCGUCUCGUGGCCCAUCGGUUGCUUGUCUCGUGGCCCAUCGGUUGCUCGUCUCGUGGCCCAUCGGUUGCUCGUCUCUUGGCCUAUCGAUUGCGCGCCUCUUGGCGCAUAGGUUGCUCGUAUCGUGGCCCAUCGGCUGUUCGUCUCGUGCCCUUCGGUUGCUGGCCCGUUGGCCUAUCGGUGGGUCAUCGGCCGCUCAUCUCGUGGCCCAUCGGUUGCUCGUCUCGUGGCCCAUCGGUUGCUCGUAUCGUGGCCCAUCGGUUGCUCGUCUCGUGGCCCAUCGGUUGCUCGUCUCGUGGCCCAUCGGUUGCUCGUCUCGUGGCCCAUCGGUUGCUCGUCUCGUGGCCCAUCGGUUGCUCGUCUCGUGGCCCAUCGGUUGCUCGUCUCGUAGCCGAUUGGUUGCUCGUCUCGUGGCCCAUCGGUUGCUCGUCUCGUGGCCCAUCUGUUGCUCGUCUCGUGGCCCAUCGGUUGCUCGUCUCGUGGCCCAUCGGUUGCUCGUCUCGUGGCCCAUCGGUUGCUCGUCUCGUGGCCCAUCGGUUGCUCGUCUCGUGGCCCAUCGGUUGCUCGUCUCGUGGCCCAUCGGUUGCUCGUCUCGUGGCCCAUCGGUUGCUCGUCUCGUGGCCCAUCGGUUGCUCGUAUCGUGGCCCAUCGAUUGCUCGUCUCGUGGCCCAUCGGUUGCUCGUAUCGUGGCCCAUCGGUUGCUCGUCUCAUGGCCCAUCGGUUGCUCGUCUCGUGGCCCAUCGGUUGCUCGACUCCUGGCCCAUCGGUUGCUCGUCUCAUGGCCCAUCGGCCAACUGUGGGGACCCUCGGUCCCUUCCCCCCCUGGGGGCGGCUCUCAGGCCAACUUUGGGGACCCUCGGUCCCUUCCCCCCCUGGGGGCGGCUCUCAGGCCAACUGUGGGGACCCUCGGUCCCUUCCCCCCCUUGGGGGCGGCUCUCAGGCCAACUGUGGGGACCCUCGGUCCCUUCUCCCCCUGGGGGCGGCUCUCAGGCCAACUUGCGGACCCUCGGUCCCUUCCCCCCUAG